ACCAAGUUGCCUAGACCUUCGCGCACGCCCGCUGCCUUGACGCACUGAUAACUGCCUAUCUAAAUGCUGGCAUGCCAUCUCCGUUCCGACUACCAGCUCGAAAUUGAAGUUUAAGCGCGCGGACCCCGAGCGGUCCGCCAAGGUACAGAAGCACUUCCCGGCUAUCCAACUUCGACAUCCCCACGCCCUCCUUAUCAUUCACUUUGUCCGGCACCCGCUCUCCGUCACAGGAUCUGCACACAUGCGCCGUCCCCCGGCCUGCUGAUGGCGGCAUCCCCACCGACUUAUCUAUUCGAUGAUGCGCUAUAAGACUCCGGACGGAGGAGUGGACGCGGUCUGCUAAUUGCUUCAGCCUUCCUCGCGCGUCAAACCCUCUUAGGCGCGACCAUGAUCCUCUCGUACGCGCUAGCUGGCGCGCUGCUCAGCGUGGGCGCGCGCGGCGCGCUCGUGCAGACGCAGGUCGACCUCACGCCCUUCAUGAACAACAAGGCGGCAGCGGUCGAGGGGCAGAUGGCGAACUUCGACGGUCAUAAUGGGUCGUAUCCGGCUGAGUACCUUCCGCAGGGAACAUUGACGGACGCGUCGAUCAAUUACACGCUCCCGGUGUUCACGAACCCCGACCCAGCCGUCCUGGACAACAUCAACUGCACGGGACAGACGAUCGACGUGCCGCGCGGGAAGUACCACUCUUUCAACUUCCUUGGCGCGACGGACGGGAUCGCGUAUGUGAACGGGGAGUUCUUCGCGGUUUACGACGAUAACUCGACGGAGAGCCUCGGCUUCGUUGUCGCUCCCUGGUGGUUGAAGAACCCUUCGGAUGGCCCGAUCACCGUUCCCUAUCUCAACGAAGGGCUCGCAAACGGCACAACGCACAGAAACUACAACAUCACGCGCAUGUUCACCUUCCAGCACCACGUCGACAACUCGAAGGUUCUGACCAGCUUUAUCUUGCCCAACCAGACAGGCAGCUCGCAACUGACCGGCACGGUCAGCAUCCACGUCUUCGCGAUCACGCUCGUCUCCGGGUCCAACGCCACCGCGGACGCACCCGUACUCGAAGUGCAGAACGUGCGGAGUACGACGAAAUUCCGCACGCUUGACUCCACCUCCACCCAGGCCCAACUCAUCGAGCUCACCCUCGCCAACCUCGCCCCCUCGACCGCCGGCCCCGAGGCCUGGCUUACAUCACCUUUGACCCUCUCGCUCAAGUCCGACGAUGUUGAGACCGUACUGCCGGCGACGAUCGUGCGGCUGCGGGGAGGCGACCAGGCGAAGGUGGUCGUGGGCGUGGUGAAUAAGAAGGGCGUUGAGGCGGGGGCGAAGGGCAAGGCGCGGGUGGUGGCUACGCCUGGUGGGGUGGUGGCGACCGCCGGAGGAGCCGCUGAAAGUGAUGGCGAGAAGAACGAGCGGGCGACAUUUGCCAGGAACGAGAAAGUGCUCGCUGACGGUGGGAGGUCGGCGAGGGACGAUAGCGUCGCCUGGGCCUCGGACAGGGAGUGGCCCAUCGUGGCCGGAAUCCCGGACUACUACGUCGGCGACGAUAGCCUGAGCACACACGAGAGCGCUGAAUGGUUCGACGAUGCGAAGUUCGGGCUGUUCGUGCAUUGGGGCAUCUACUCCGUCCCCGCCUGGACCGUCUCCGGCACCCAGUACGCCGAGUGGUACUGGUACUGGCAGCGCAACCCCGCCAACGAAUCCUCCGCCGUCUGGACGUACCACAAGGAGACGUACGGCGAGGACUUCUUCUACGAUGAGUUCUUCCCGAUGUUUACGGCGGAUGCGUUCGACGCGGAGGAGUUCGUGCAGUUCGUAGCGGAUGUGGGGGCGAAGUAUUUUGUCAUCACGACGAAGCAUCACGACGGGUUUGCGCUCUUUGAUACGGGCGCGUCGAGCAACAGGAACUCGCUGAACUAUGGGCCGAAGCGCGACCUCAUCGCCGAGAUCAUGCUCGCGGCGAACAAUACGCAACCGCAGCUUCACCGUGGGCUCUACUACUCAUUGCCGGAAUGGUUCAAUCCCGCGUUCGCCAAGUAUGGCCACGCUGGCGGCGGCGAUGACCUGUACCAUAGGCGGAGCUCUGACCCGGACUCGCCCGGUUACAACAUCCUCCAGCGUACCGGCUUCGCUGGCGGUCUCGCCGCCAACGCCUACAACGCCAGUGCGCCCAAGGAGCCUUACACCGGAUACGUCGAGGUCGAUGACUUCCUCGAGGACAUCAUGAAGCCCCAGAUGGAAGCGCUCUUCUACCAGUACGAGACGGAUAUCUUGUGGUGCGAUGUCGGCGGGCCCACAGUCCUGCCGGAUAUCGCGCCGGAGUGGUUCAAUUGGGCGAAGCAGGAGGGAAGACAGGUGGUGGCCAAUGCGCGGUGUGGGGCGAAUUACUCGGAUUUCGAUAACCCAGAGUACUCGGCGACCAGUCAUCUGAAGCUCCGCAAAUGGGAGUCCAGUGAGGGCUCGGACCCCUACUCCUACGGCUACAACCGCGACACGCCGUACGAGGACUACCGCAAUGCGACGUACAUCCUCCACUCUCUCGUCGACAUCGUUUCGAAGAAUGGGAACUACCUGAUCGACAUCGGGCCGACGGCGAACGGAACGAUCGUGCCGCCGUCGCGCAGCUCGCUGAUGAAGGUCGGGAAGUGGUUGAAGAUUGGUGGUGACGCCAUCUACGGGACGAAGUACUGGUACGUCGCAGCGGAGGACGGCGAUCUGCGCUUCACGACGAAAGACGACGCCUUCUACAUCCUGUCGCUGGUCUAUCCCGAAGGCGGCGUUAUCUCCACGAAGCUCCCCUUGCCGCUCAAGGAGGGCGACAAGGCAACCUUCCUUGGGCGCGACACCGCGGACAGAGAACUCGACUGGAAGUGGACUGACGACGGUGUCUUCGAGCUCUACGCGGACGAGGAUGACCUGAAGCAAGUAGACGACGUGUGGGCGUUCAAGGUACUGUACACGUAGAGAGGAUGUUUAUCAGAGACCGUAAUGACACUCAUCUGCAAUGCGGCGCGACGGA